AUGUCAAAGUAUGCAGUUGAUAAAAUAUUAGAUGAUGACUUGGAAAGGUCGAAUGGUACGAACAGCAAUAACUUGGAUGUUCAACUCGUCGAUGCUGGACAUUGCGAGAGAAUACCUAAUCGACUUUACGUGACCCGUAACGUAGUAUGUGGUAAGCUAUUGAAUGGUUCAGUAGCAGUGCUUUUAUAUCAUCAUGAAUCUGACUGUACCACAGAGGUAUCGUCUACAGCUGCUUAUGCUCUUGGAUUUUACCGCAUACCAACCAUAGGAAUCGGUCUUCGAGAUGCUGAGUUUUCUAGAAAAAUCAUUUAUCCCACAUUUAUGCGCACAUCUCCAUCGCACAGUAACGAAGCACAUGUGAUAUUACGUUUGCUUGCUAAACUUGCAUACCGUCAAACAGUAAUUGUUUACGUGAAAGGCGAUGUAGACGCAUUGGACUUCGUGAAUGUCUUCGAAGAAAAUCGACAGCAAUUUGAGAUUCACGUGCAAAAAUACAUUGAAUUGGAAUUGAAUUCGCUAAUCAAUGAUACCACAAUCGAUGAGUACUUCGAAGGAAUUACAUCCAAUGUUAUUAUUUUAUUUGCCAAAAAGAAUGCUGCGCAAAAGAUAUUCGAGACAAUACGAAUAUUAUCAGCGCCAGGAAAAGUUUGCAUAGUAAAUCAGUUAGCAACAGAUAUCUCCAAUCUACCAUCAGUAGGAUGCUUGUCAACAAGACUACGCCAAACAUCACUUAGUGCUUUGCGUGAAGCAUUGUUAGUUGUACGUCACAGUUUUGCAUUUCUGUCAGACCGUGAAGUACAACCCCCUCAACUUUGCGAAAACAUUGUAGCAAAUAGCAAAUGGAUCAAUGGCUUUGGAAUUCGAUUUUAUAAACAUUUGAUAUCGUCUGUUGUAUAUGAUGACUACAAAAUUGAAUUUAACAAUGAAGGCGAACGUCUUAACGUUGCCUAUGAUGUCAUUAAUUACGUGGAAGGGAAAUUUCACACAGUUGGCUAUAUGAAUUCUGACAACGCAAUGAUUUUGAAUGAAACUCAAAUUAUUUGGUUAGGAAAUUCUAUAAAACCAUCUGAAAUUACGCUCGCUAAAUAUUUACGUGUGGUUACAGUGGCUGAUGCACCGUUUGUUUAUGUAAUUCCAAUAACAGAACUGACAAACUGUUCAGAAUUGGGUAAUACAAUUGUGGAUGACAUUGAUGUGGCUGGGCCAUGGUACAAUUGCUCGAAACGCAUCAAUGAAAGUACCAUUGACAAGUACUGUUGUGCAGGCUAUGCCAUUGAUUUGCUGUUUUAUUUAUCUCUACCACAAGAUAAUGGUAUCAUUGAUACGGGAUUCACAUUUGAUAUUCAUUUGAAUGAUACAUACGGUACUGCAACACUUGGUGAAAUCGGUUACACACUGAGUGGUAUGGUUGGAGAGUUAGAUACAGAUCUUGCAGACUUAGCCAUAGGCGCACUUACUAUAAACGUAGAACGUGAAAAAUAUAUUGAUUUCUCGGAACCAUGGCUGUAUCAUGGAAUUAGAAUCUUGGAAAAAUGGAAACCUCGAGACUCUUCAAUGGAAUCAUUUGUGCAACCAUUGAAAACGAGUCUAUGGACUGCCUUACUAAUAUCCGUUAUGUUCAUCGGUUGUUUCAUAUUUCUGCUUGAUUUUUGCUCACCUUUUGAUCAGUUGCACCAAACUUAUCACUACCAACAAACCGAUAAUAGACGAGUUACUUUGGGAGAAGCUUUAUGGUUUGUCUCAGGUGUUUUACUCAAUAGUGGAGUGGUUGAAAAAACUCCUCGCAGUUGUAGUGCUCGAGUUCUCGGCAUUGUUUGGUGUGGAUUUUGUAUGAUUAUGGUAGCAUCAUAUACAGCUAAUCUUGCAGCAUUUCUUGUUUUAGAUCAACCGGAAAAAGGAUUAACUGGCGUUAAUGAUCCAAGAGUAACUACAUUAUAUUUUUUAGAGCAAGUAAUACCUCAAAAGCUUCGAAAUCCAUCAGCAAAUUUUUCAUUUGCAACAGUUUUGGACACAAACACAUAUCAGUACUUCAAACGACAUGUUGAAUUAUCAACAAUGCAUCGUAACAUGGAAGCACACAAUGUGCGUGUGGCUGCACACGCAAUCCAAGCGUUGAUAAACGAAACACUGGAUGCUUUUAUUUGGGAUUCAACUAGAUUAGAGUUUGAAGCUGCGAAAAAUUGCGAACUACGAACACGCGGAACACUCUUUGGCCGAUCAGCGUAUGGCGUUGGUUUACAAAAAAAUUCACCUUGGACAUCUCAUAUUACCAAUGCAGUGCUGAGACUUAUCGAAAAAUUGUACACUAAGUGGGUAGCUUUAAAUCAUCAGAACCAGUGUGAACCGGAAACACAGAAAUCACCAGCCCGACUCGGUUUUGCAAAUAUGAGAGAUGUAUUUAUUCUUGUUACCGGAGGAAUUAUCGUCAGCUCUCUUCUAAUUUUCGCGGAAAUUCGUUAUGAUCGCAAAAAAGUGGAAAAAAAGAAAAAGCGAGAUUUAGCACUUCGUUUUGCACGUAAAUGGCGUGCUUUUACCAGGCGUAAGAGAAAUAUGAAAUCACAGAAUAUUUUACACAGUGAUCAAAUGAGGAGUACUGUAAUUACUGAAAUGAAACUUACUGGAAAAUUUCUUAGCAUUUUGCACAAGCAAGCAAACACCAUACUGACAAACCGUCAUUUCAAAGGAGCAUCCACCAUACAAAUCUUAACUUUGGCCAGAGAAGGCUGCUUGUUUACUGCAGCCGUUGUCGAACGAAAUUUAUCCCUGCACGUCCAGCCCAUUUGCAUAUUCAAAUUGCAGAAUUUAGUAAAAACUGAAACGUUUGCCGUGGUUGGAUUAUUCGCAUAUAUUUGGCUCGCCAUAUUCGUGCUAUUAUUCAUGUGGCCAUGUGCACCACUUCCGUGUUACAUGUCCUGUUUUGCUGAUUACAUCCAUAUAUGUCCCAUGUGCAGACAUAAAAUCGGCCGCUACAAACGUGGAUUUUCAUCGCGAUUCUACGUAUGA